AUGCCGCCCUCUGUGCCCUUACCGCCUUUGCCUACAUCUCCUUCGUCUACAAGAUCUACAAAAUCGCGAUCAGCAACUAUCAGGGGAAGUCCCAGGCCAAUGACAGGUUCGACUAAAAAACCUUCACUCACUUCGAUAUCCUGGCGCCCUUAUAAACCGAUCAAAUAUGGAAGCGGAAGAUUUUCUCACGUUGAACUGGUGCCUCAGCCGAGCGAUGAUCUGCAAGAUCCGCUGAACUGGCCUCAAUGGAAGAAAGAGCUGAACUUGGCAUCGCUGCUCUUCAUGGCUAGCCUAAUAGGCGCAAUGAAGACGGCCCUUAUUGCAAGCAAUCAAGUUGUGGCUGUCCGUUAUAAUGUCUCUUAUACCUGGGUCGCUGCUUUGACGGCUGUACCAUUGAUGGUUUCGGCCCUUACUGGUUUUAUCAACUCGGUAGUCGCGAAAUUAGUAGGAAAGCGACCAGUGUAUCUGGCUUCAUCGAUAUUGAUCUUUGCUGGGUGCCUCUGGAACAUGACGGCUGAUUCUAGCUACGGUUCUUGUAUGGGCGCCAGGGUCCUACAAGGAGUCGGCUGGGGUGCUUUCGACACUUUGCUCUUGGAGAGUAUUCAGGAUACUUUCUAUGAACAUGAGAGAAACAUCCGCACAACACUAUAUAACAUUGUCACCAUCACGGCGACAUGGGCAUCCCCGCUUCUGGGUGGUGUCGUCUCUUAUCAAGUCGGAUCUUUUACUGCCCAAUAUCGCAUAAUGAGCGCACUUUUUGCUAUUGCCAUUCCGCUAAUGGCUCUCACUACGCCUGAGACGGCGUUUGACCGUUCCCGAGCAGCUAUUGCAACAACUCCUAUAUUCAUCUACACAUUUCCCUGGGAACCCCAGCCUGUCCAAAUUGAGCUUAGCAAAGAGUCUAUUCUCGACUAUGUCAGGGAGAUGAAGCCAUGGUCGUAUGGUGGCGAAAAAAGUAUUUCAAUUUCCAUACAAUCGCCACGCGCCCUUGCUGCUCCCAGUACCAUUCUUGUUUUUAUUAUUACCGCACUACCUCAUUGUGUCCUAUGGGGCUUAAUUGCUUCCCUGUCUCUGUUACUCUCAUCAUCACCAAUUGGCCUUCAUCCCAGCAGUAUUGGAACUCUCUUGACGGGACCCUGGCUACUUGCAAUCUCCAUCGUUGCUGGUAUCUGCUUCUACCGAUCGACGAAUCAGAAGUUCUGCCCAUGUGUUAGUAACCUGACUAUAGCUGGCGGCGCGCUUCUGGCUCUCAUUGGUAUGAUUUCAUUUGGUCUAGAUGUCAACAGCUUCAUGACUUGGCCCGCAUCAUCGUCUGACUCGGGUCACUCAAUCUUUUUUGAGUCCAAUGUGGCACAAGAGCUCAAUCUUCCCGUAUUAUCACUCCAAUUGGGGCUGCUUGCAGCCGGGGCCUAUGCUCUAGAGGCCACCGCGCGUCCCUUCCUAGCUCGAUCUGCAUCCUUCACUGCCUCUAGCAUGGCCACGGCGCAGCGAAGCAUAGGCGACAUGCACUCGUGGGUUGUAAUCCUACGAAAUCUCGUCGCCGGUGCGUUCGUCUUGGCUGUCCCUCAUAUUACUUGCAAGGCUGGGGGGCUCAAAUCUCUCAUUAUCGGCCUGAGUGUUGUCCAAGCUGUCAUUACCGUGUCCGUCCUUUUGCUGUGGCGUUUUUGCGAAAAGGCUAUAUGGAAAAUGGAUGGCAAAGUCAUGGGACUUGUCAACUUGCGGAUGCCUCAUCCCGAGGAAAGCUUUUUCGAUAUCGACUGA